CUCUGUCUUAUUGCAUCACUUUUCUCCGCUAUCCUGUCCAGGAGCCCUGGGCGUGACGUCACGAUGUUACCAUAAGAUAAAGCUUGAGGUGUAUUUCAAAGCCGGGAAUGAUUUACGUUAUAAAAAGACCGCUGCGACAAGGGAUACUUCUCAGCGGGGAGCCUUUGUAAUUGCAAGGGGCAGGGAGGAAGAAAAUUUGGCACCAUCGCUCAAGCCAGCUCUUCGCUUUACUACAACCCAGCGUCUUUUGCUGGCAGUGGAGGAUAAUUCGGCGCACGACAAGUAGCCCCCCCCCAAAAAAACCCACCACUACAUCCUUCGCUGUCAGGCUCAAUUUGCGCAGCCGUCUUAACUUUGAUGACCGUCUGCGACAGGGUGGCGAUAAAGACGACGACGGGCAGCCAAGAUGACUCGAAAGAGGUGAAGUUUAGGAGCAAAGAAGCGCAUGAGCCACCUGCUGCGGCCGCCCGUCGGAAAAUGGGCACGCUGAGCGUGGACCUCCUGGUCGCCUUGCAGAUCUUGCCGGGCUUCUUCUCCAACUGCCUGUUUUUCGUGCUGUACGACUCGGUGGUGCUGGUGAAGCGCGUGGUGUCGCUCCUCAGCUGCUCGGGAGGCGCCGCGGGCGGCGAGUGGCAGCGCAUGUUAACCUCGGCCGGCGUGCGCUCCAUAUGGAACAGCUUUCUGCUGGACGCCUACAAGCAGGUGAAGCUGGGGGAAUCGGCUCCCAACUCUAAAGUGGUGAAGAUUCCCGGAAUCAACGGCUGCCGCUGGGACCUCGGCAGAAGGCCCGUGGGCGAGUGCCACCUUCUGGACUUCGAGUCGUCCGACCGCCCCUUGGUGGUCAACUUCGGCUCGGCUACCUGACCGCCGUUCGUUAGCCAGCUACCGAACUUCCGGCGGCUGGUUGAAGACUUUUCAGACGUGGCAGACUUCCUGCUGGUCUACAUCGACGAGGCCCACCCCGUGGACGGAUGGGUUGCUCCGCCCAUGAAGCCCUACUCCUUUGAAGUCAGGAAGCACCGUAGCCUGGAAGAGCGGAUGCUGGCAGCGCGGAAGCUUGUGGAUCAUUUCUCGUUACCCCCACAGUGCCAGCUGGUGGCUGACUGCAUGGAUAACAAUGCCAACGUAGCUUACGGUGUGUCCUACGAAAGGGUGUGCAUCGUGCAAAAGAAGAAAAUAGCUUAUCUGGGGGGAAAGGGUCCGUUUUUUUACAACCUUAAAGAUGUACAGCACUGGCUUGAACAGAGCUAUGGGAAGCGGUAAUUUCUAGACGGGUCAGAGAGUCUUUUUAUAUGAAUGGUGGCAUAGUUUAUUUUUAUAUAAUGGAGACGAAGCAGAGUGAACUGCUUUCAGAACUGGUUUGAAGUGGCUCCAGUGUCCAUAUGGACCGCGCUCCUACUUGAUUAACUGAAUUCUCUAAAUCCUUUGAUGAGUUUGCUGGGUGGAAUCCAACAUUCCUAAUCUUUGUUAUACACAAUGAUAAAAACACUAAACACUAAGUAUUGCACUUCCUUUUGAAAGGGUAUUACUGACAACAGAUUUGUAUAUGCACAUAGUGCAACAGAUUUGUAUAUGCACAUCAAUAACAUCUGCCAUUAAUGUAGUAUUACAGUAUGUAAUACAUCUUUAC